AUGCUUGUCAAAAAAUCGAGAUUGAAAUGGCUUAAACACGGGGAUUCCAAUAGUGGUUUCUUCCAUAAAGUGAUGAAAGAUAGAAUAAGACACAACCAUAUAGGUCCUAUUGUUUCUUCGGGUCGUUUGGUGGAGUCGGUAACGGAGAUAAAUGAGGUGGUUUUAAGUCAUUUUUUGAACAAAUUUAUUGAAUCGGAAGGUGAGAGGCCUUUGUUGGAAGGGAUCCCUUUCAAAAUUAUUAGUGAAGAGAAAACUUGUUUCUUGAUAGUCCUUUUCAAGAAGACGAAAUUAAGGAGGCUAUAUGGGGGUGUGGUGGAUUCGAAAGUUCGGGUCCGGAUGGUUUCACCUUUCUCUUCAUUAAAAAGUGCUGGACGUUUAUUAAAGACGACUUUGUUUGGUUUUUUAAUAACUUUUAUAUCGGUAGUGAAGUUUCAAAGGCGGUUACUUCUUCUUUCUUGA